AUGCACAGCGACUCCAUCUGCUGCAACAUGAUGUUGCAGGUCUUUGGUGCUGACCCAGCGGUGGUCACCAAUCUGGCCGUCACUGCAAACACCACCACCAGCCUGUCCUUUCGCUGGUCGCCACCAGAGGGAGACUUUCAGCUGUAUGAAGUUUUUCUGUAUGAUCGUAAUGACCAGCUGCACGAGAAAAAGCGCGUCCAGUCCAACAGUCAGCAGUGCUCUUUUCAGGGCCUCAGGCCUGGUGCUCCUUACAAGAUGUUGAUCCAGAUCCACAGUGGAGACCAGACCAACCAGACCUCCAUCUACGCCAGAACAGUCCCGUCAGCUGCAGCGUUCCUGAAAGCUAAGAGUGGAAACCAGUCUGACAGUCUUUGGGUAAACUGGGAGCGUGGUGACGGUGACCUAAGUGGAUACCAGCUGUAUCUCUACAACCCCAACGGUUCUCAGCAGGCCAUGCAUCAGCUGGGCUCAGAGGCCACAGGGUUCAUCUUCUCAGGCCUUGUAGCGGGUCGCCUGUAUCGAGCUGAGGUGCUGAGCCGGAGCGGCGGGCUCAGCAACAGGGCGAGCACCCUGGGCCGGACGGCUCCCAGACCACCUGCCUCCAUCUUGUUCAGGGGGGUGACCAACACCUCCCUGGAGAUCACAUGGAGCGGCCCUGUGGACUCCGACUAUGAUGACUUUGACCUGCAGUGGACUCCUCGGGACCGGCUGUCCCUCAUCAAUCCGUACCACACCCGGACGUCCAGCAACCGCAUCCUGAGGGGGAUGUUCCCUGGACGGCUCUACAACUUCAGCCUCCGCACCGUCAGUGGGACCACAGAGCCUGGGGCCACACCUACCUAUAGCACACCUAUCCGCAAAAGCAUCCGCACCAAGCCAGAGAGAGUCCACAGCCUCCACUGUCGCCCUCAGAGUUCGACCUCCAUCUCCUGCUCCUGGGUAACCCCGGACACUGAUUAUGACUCCUACACCAUCGAGUGUCUCCGCAAGGAUUCCCACACACUGAUGUACUCCAGACUCGCUGAGCGGGACUCCAACAGCUACAUCAUCACUGAGCUGGAGCCUCACAAACACUACACGGUCUCCGUGAAGGUCAUGUCUGGUGGGAAGCCCAGCGACGAGGCUCAGGACAACGUGGUCACCAUGCUUGACCGUCCUCCUGUGCCCCCCUCCGGUACCCGGGUCAGUGAGCAGUCUGCUGUGGUCAGCAAGUCCUCCAUCUCCUUCCAGUUUAACUGCAGCUGGUUCAGUGACGUCAAUGGAGCUGUUAAGUACUUCACCGUAGUGGUGACUGAGUCUGAAGAUGUUAGCCUAAUGCAGCUGGAGCAGAAGCACCCACUGCCCUCCUACCUGGACUACAGCUCCAACAGCUCCAUCAGGUCCUACCAGACCAGCUAUUUCCCCAGCCGAUGCACCGAGAGCCCUGACAGCACCACUCAGAGCUUUAACAUCAGCUUGGGGACUGGGAUGGACUUGCUAGGGGGCAGCUGUGAUGCCAGAGGCUCAGACCAGGACCCAGAGUCUAGCGGAGAGCUGAACCACUUCUGUGAUGGACCCCUGAAGCCAAAGACUGCCUACAGGAUCAGCGUCCGAGCUUUCACUCAGCUGUUUGAUGAUGAUGCAAAGGACUUGAGUGUCUUGUCUCCGCUGUUCUCUGACACCUGCCUAUCGCAGCCCAUCAUCACUGAGGCUGAGCCUCUGAGCGGUGUCAUCGAAGGCGUGAGUGCUGGACUCUUCCUCGCUGCUGUGAUUGUGGGAAUCACUGCUCUGUUUGUCUGCAGGCACAGAACUCGCAAAGUUGAGGAAGAGAGGCUGGAGGUCAGGAUAAAUAUGAGGAGAGAGAGGGCAGCAGCAGGGAACCAGCUGGGUGUCAGAGGCAGCCGUCGAAUCUCCAGUCCCAUUAAGAUUGUGAACUUUGAGUCUCACUACAGCAAACUACAGGCUGACUCCAACUACCUGAUGUCAGAGGAGUAUGAGGAUCUGAAGGACGUCGGUCGUAACCAGCCUCUGGACUCGGCUCUGCUGCCGGAGAACCGGGGAAAGAACCGAUACAAUAACAUCCUGCCCUACGACUCGACGAGGGUCAAGCUGUCCUACGUUGAUGACGACCCCUGCUCUGACUACAUCAAUGCCAGUUACAUCCCAGGUAACAACUUCCGGCGGGAGUACAUCGCCACACAGGGUCCUCUGCCUGGAACUAAAGACGACUUCUGGAAGAUGGUUUGGGAGCAGAAUGUCCACAAUGUGGUGAUGGUCACUCAGUGUGUGGAGAAAGGAAGGGUGAAAUGUGAUCACUACUGGCCGUUCGAUCAGGAUCCUCUGUACUACGGAGACCUGAUCGUCCAGAUGCUGUCAGAAUCGGUUCUGCCUGAGUGGACGAUCAGAGAGUUUAACAUCUACAGCGAGGAGCAGCUCGGCUUCAGCCGCCUGGUUCGUCAGUUUCACUACACGGUGUGGCCGGACCACGGUGUCCCAGAGACCACGCAGUCCCUCAUCCAGUUUGUCCGUACUGUCCGAGACUACGUCAACAGGACUUCGGGAUCUGGACCCACUGUAGUCCACUGCAGCGCCGGAGUGGGCCGGACGGGGACUUUCAUUGUCCUGGAUCGAGUGCUGCAGCAGCUGGACGCCAAAGACACGGUGGAUAUCUACAGCGCCGUGUUUGACCUGCGACUCCAUCGAUCCCACAUGGUGCAGACUGAGGUGCAGUAUGCAUACCUGCAUCAGUGUGUCAGAGACGUCCUCAGAGCCAGGAAGCUACGCAGCGAGCAGGAGGGAAUGUACAGGAUGUGAGGCGACGCUGACCCUGACCGUAACGAUUGUACUGACUGCUGAGCCAUUGCUGAGCUCUUCAGAGAGACAUGUCCAUAUAUUUUUCUACAGUGUUCGUAUGUCACAGAGAAAUGUUUAUAACUUUAAUUUGUUUUAAUUUAUGUUCAGCUGUGUGAUGUCUUUCUGUAUAGAUUAUCUAUAGAUUAUUGGUUGUAUCAUCUCCUAUGUGUUUGAUUUGCUGGAAUAUUGGCUCCAGUUUCUUGGCUGAGUUUCUGUUGUCCUGUUUAUAUCUCUGUCACAGGGGCUCAUACCUGUAAGUUUACCUGUGCUUGUACCUGUAAGUGUACCUGUGCUCGUCUGUAUGUGAGCAGCUUAUUAAACACACAACACAAAAUUA